AGGAGUAUGUCCAUGUGAGGCGCUCUGACGCGGCCUUUUCACGCCCGUAAAGUCUGUGGUGUGGAGCUGCACACACGAGAUGACUGACUGGGAGGCUGCCCCAGCUGUGGCUGAAACUCCAGAGAUCAAACUCUUUGGGAAGUGGAGCACUGAAGAUGUCCAGAUCAAUGACAUCUCUCUGCAGGACUACAUUGCAGUAAAAGAGAAGUACGCCAAGUAUCUUCCACACUCAGGGGGGCGCUAUGCUGCCAAGCGUUUCCGCAAGGCGCAGUGCCCCAUCGUGGAGCGCCUCACCAACUCCAUGAUGAUGCAUGGUCGCAACAACGGCAAGAAGCUGAUGACCGUGCGCAUAGUCAAGCACGCCUUUGAAAUCAUUCACCUGCUCACAGGAGAGAACCCCCUUCAGGUUCUGGUGAAUGCCAUCAUUAACAGUGGACCCCGUGAGGACUCCACCCGUAUUGGGCGUGCUGGUACCGUGAGGAGGCAGGCUGUGGAUGUCUCGCCUCUACGUAGAGUCAACCAGGCUAUUUGGCUGCUGUGUACAGGGGCCAGAGAAGCUGCCUUCAGGAACAUUAAGACCAUUGCAGAGUGCCUUGCUGAUGAGCUCAUCAAUGCAGCCAAGGGUUCGUCCAAUUCCUACGCCAUUAAGAAGAAAGACGAGUUGGAAAGAGUGGCCAAGUCCAACCGUUAAAGUUAUAAAACUGCCCUGAAUAAAAUUUGGAAAAACUUUA